CCGGUGCUGUUUGCUCUGGUUACAUGAACUCACACAGAAGAGAGUAGAGGCCUUGGAUGAAGACAUUUACCUGGAGACGACAUAAAAAGGGCCUCAACGCACAGGAGCCGCAGAAGAGAAUCCUGAGGAGAAAAGAGAGUAGAGGCAUCUAGAUGAUGAAGUGUGUUGUUGUGUUGCUGAGUCUCCUUUCAGUGGGACGCUCGGCUCCUGAGAGCGGCUGCGACGGUCUGGUUCAACCAAUCACAAUCAGCAAUGAACAGAUGCUUGGUAGGUGGCUGUACAUCGGGGGGAGCACUGACCUCCCGGGAAGCCGCUCGCUGGGCCACCUGCUGACCAGUGUCUGGUUGGACAUCGCUGCCACUUCCCAGAGCAACAUCCUGAACAUCAUCCAGACUCAGAGAAUAUUCGGUGAUUGUUCGAGCUUAAACUACAACGUGACCUUUGAGAACAGCACGAUGUUAAUAGAGCAACCUUUCUACCUGAAGGAAGUCUAUCUGCCGACUGACUGCUCCGACUGUCUGGUCGUCUAUGAAGAAGUUAUCUCUGGCAAAGACACGUUUACCAGUCUUCUGCUUUUCAGCAGGAGAAAGAGCGUCUCUGCCGUCCCUCAGGAGAUGCUCAUGAGACAAGCAGAAUGUCUCCGCAUGCAGUCGCCCAUAAUGAUAAACCCCAACUACGAAAUCUGUCCGGACAACAUCCAGCCCUCAGAGGGACUCAGCGCCUUCAACUCUUUGUUUGAGGCCAAGAUGCAACAUCGAGUUGCGAGACUUCUGGACAGUUUUUUUGAUAUGUUUGUGAACUGAUUUAUAAUUAGCGUCGAUUUGUGUCAUUUUGAAUGAGUAAACAUACAUUUUUACUGAUAGACAGUAACAGAAUGUAAUAAAUACAGUAAAUAAUUAAAGUUUUAGAGGUAAAAUGUAGUAGUUGCUUUAUUUUCUUCUCAUUAUUGUAACUUAACAAUAAAUGGAUACAAAGAUUUCAUAUUUGAAUAUAUCCAAAUGUCACAAGUACAUUUCCAUACACUUAAAAUUAUGUUUUACUCCAAUCAAUGAGUACAAUAUAAAUACAAUCCCUGUCACUCAAUUACACACACUGUUAUAUUAUAAACAGGUGCAUAUACAGGAAAGAAAGAAAUAGAAUUCAAUAUUCAUAGACUUAUUUCUUUUGGUUUGGCAUAACAAUAAAUGGACCCUUGAGGCUGCUGAUCAAUUAUUAGCAAAUUAAGUUAUAGCUGAUAUGUGACAAAAUUAUCAUUAAUUUUCUGCAUAUUUGGAGAUGUGUUUUUGCCAUUAAGAGAUAUAAUAUGUAACAAUUCUUCAUUAAAAAUAACCAGACCUAUGAUA